AUGAAGGGAAAGAAGAAAUCUGAAAAGAAAAAAGGUGACAAGAAACUUCCAACUGCUCAGCAAGAAAGUGCCCCAGUUGAUAAUUCAAGUACUUCUUCAGCUCCUCCAGUUGAACCUAAAAAAGCUAUCCCUGAAAAAGCUAAUCCUGAGCAGACUAUCCCAGAACAAACUAUUCCUGAACAAAAUAUCCCUAAACCACCAAAGAAUGAUAAGCAGCCCGAUAGAAAGGGAAAGAAGACGAAAAAAAUAAAGAACCAACCAAAGAAAGCUAGUUUUUUCGGCGGUUUAUUUUCAGUUAAAAGGUUUUUUAUCUAUUAUAUUCUCGCCGUCUUUUUCUGGUGUGAUGGCAAAACUCUCGAGCAAUGCAAUUCAUAUGAGGAAGUCCUCUGUUUUAACGGGAUUUCACAGUAUAUUUUAAAUCAUGAUUAUUUUCACAAAUUUAUCGAACCAAAAAUCACCGUGAUUAAACAAAAUGUUGAGGUCUAUGGAAAACAUGCUUUGGAUACCGCUUCUGUUCAUGCCAAACCUUAUGUCAACCCUAUACUCGAGUCAGCUCAACCUCAUUUACAAACUGCGAGUGAAUUAUCUGUUGAAUAUGUGUAUAUUCCAGUUGCAAAAGGAUUAACUAAAACACGCGAGCUUUAUAAUGAGAACGCUAAAGAUCAUGUGAACAAAUUUUAUCAUCAAGCAGUAAAAUUUAGUGCUCCAUAUGUUAGUCAAGCUCAAGAGCAUACUUCCUAUGCUUAUGAUCAAGCUUUGAAGUACAACAAAAAUAAUGUUCAACCUUGGUACAAUAAAAAGGUCCUUCCUUUUGUAAUUGAUGCUAAAGACAGACUUUUUUUGUUUUACAACACCAAAGUUGUACCCUUUACUUAUCAUACAUUGGAGGUGAUAGAAGAAUUUUAUCACGAAAAAACGGUUCCUUUUUAUCAUACUUAUAUCUCACCUUAUACCUCAUCAGUUUUGAAGUUGAUUCAAAGUGAAGGUCAAUCCAAGGUUAUAACUGAGGAGGAAGUAAAAGCUAAGAAAUCUAAAGAAGCUGCUGAUAAAAAAGCAAAAGUUGAAGCUGAAAGGAAAGCAAAAGAAGAAGCUGUUAAAAGAGCAAAAGUUGAAGCAGAAAGGAAGGCUAAAGAAGAGGCUGAUAAAAAAGCAAAGAUUGAAGCCGAAAGGAAAGCUAAAGAAGAAGUUGAUAAAAAAGCAAAGGUUGAAGCCGAAAAGAAAGCCAAAGAAGAAGCCGAUAAAAAAGCAAAAGUUGAAGCCGAAAGGAAAGCCAAAGAAGAAGCCGAUAAAAAAGCAAAGGCUGAAGCAGAAAGGAAAGCCAAAGAAGAAGCCGAUAAAAAAGCAAAGGCUGAAGCAGAAAGAAAAGCUAAAGAAGAAGCCGAUAAAAAAGCAAAAUCCGAAUCUGAAAGGAAAAAAAAGGAAGCAGCCGAUAAGAAGGCUCAAGAGGAAGCUGCUGAGAAAGCAGCUAUCGAAGCGGUUAAUAAAGCUGUUCACAAUGCUUAUAAUAGAGAAUAUGAAAUUGUUGAGAAAAAUCUUACUCAGACUCUUGAUAUUUACGAAAAGGAGGCCACGUCCGUCUCACAAGAACUCCUAAAGGUGGUUGAGGAUAGAAUCUUGACUUUAAGUAACGCUGGAUCCGAACAUCUUGCCAAACUUAAAAAAUUCGUAGAACAAAUUAAGAAGGAUAAUACAAAAGAUGAUAAAACUACAAAGUUUAACGAAAUAAAAGAUUCAGCAAUAAAAUCUAUAAAUGCGCUUAAAGAAAGCGGUAAAGAAUUUAUUGAAAUAUCAGAAAAUUCAUUUAAUGACUUGGAAGAAAUAAAAUUUAAUGAAUUGAAAAAAAAUGCUGAUUUAAUUAUGAUUGGUCAGGUUCAUAAUAGCAGAGAACGUAUUAGCAAACUGGUUGAUGAUAAACGAGUAGAUGAAAGAUUAAUAUCUGAAAUUAAUAUGGCAUUUAGUAGUCUUAUGGCGGAGUUUAAUGAAAAUAAGAAUGAAGCUUCAUUAAGAGUUCGGGAAAUUUUUGCUAAAAUUAGACAGAAGAUAACUCUUUUGGAAACUACAAAGGAUGAUCUUAUUAAAAAUAUUAAAGAUUACGUUAAAAUGGAAAAAGAAAAUUUAAAGAGUGAUGCUAACGAAGUAACAACCAAAGAGCAUGGAACGGAUAAUAAAAAAGAUUCAGAUGUAAAAUCAGAUUCUAAGAUAAUCGUUCAAAAUGACAAUAAGAACGAUGAUCAAAUACCAGUUCAAGUAGAGGAAAAAUCUUCAGUUGAAGAAAAAUCUUCAAAUAUUCCUCCGGUUACAAUUCAGAUAUCGAAUGAUCCUGUUUUAGGAAAACUCAAGGCUCGACAGGAUCUGGUGUUAAAUAAAUUAAAAGAGGGAUAUAAAUUUUUUAAAGCUAAUAAAGGUAGUCGAACUUUCAUACUAUCACGGAUGUAUAAUAAUGCUCGUAGAAGUUUUCACCGAGACACUUCUAAUAAUCAACCAUUCGGUUUAUUAACCAUACCUACGACCGAAUCGAUAUUGAAUUCUACUAAUUUACUUCCUACAAAAUCAUUGAUCCGAUCAUCAGAUGUCAAAAGAAAUGUUGCUUCGCUGGGGAAAACACAAGGGAGAUUGGUUAUACUUGGGUAUAAAUUGAUCCAAGAUUUAAAUACUGAACAUUAUGAAACUAUAGUUGUUUCUCCAAGGAAUUAUUUCGUCUUCACGCCAUUACUUGCGUCAUCAUCUGUGGGCACUUUAGAGUUCAGGUGCAUAAUGGAACCUAUUAGGAAGUAUUCUCCUAAAAUCCAAUAUUACCAGGCUUAUGCGGAUACCAUAAACCUCAAGGAAAAAAUAAUUCAUUGUACCUCUAACCUUGAACGCAACAAAGACAAGUUCUCUCUUAAUUAUGACACUUUGGUUAUAUCUGUCGGUGCAAAUUCUAAUACCUUUGGUAUUAAAGGAGUUGGAGAAUAUGCAUUAUUCUUAAAGGAUGUUUCUGAUGCUCGCAGAAUACGUCAAAGGGUGAUUGAAUGUUUUGAACAUGCAAGUCAACCAAAUGUCACAAAUCAAGAAGCGUUCGGAUUGUUGCAUUUUGCUGUCGUUGGUGGAGGUCCAACUGGUAUUGAAUUCAGCGCUGAGCUUCACGAUUUUAUUACAGAAGACAUGGCUCGUUUAUAUCCGGAUUUGAUGAAUUUAGUCACAAUGACUAUAUAUGAUGUAGCACCUCAGAUUCUCGGUUCCUUUGAUAAAUCUCUCAGAGAUUUUGCCACUAAAAAGUUUACAAGAAAAGGAAUCCAGAUCAGAACAGGACGUAGAGUUAAAGAAGUAAAUGAACGUAAAAUCGUUAUUGAAGAAGAUGGAGAAAUACCCUACGGAAUGUUAGUUUGGUCAACUGGAUUAACCGAUAAUCCACUGACACGAUCUAUGGGCGAUCAAGUUAUGAAAGAUAAGUCAGCAAAAAGACUCUUGACCGAUAAUCUCCUAAGAGUUUUAGAUAAAGAAACAGGUCAACCUAUUGAUAAUGUUUACGCUUUAGGUGAUUGCGCGACAAUCAAAGAUAAUGAUCUCCCUUCUACAGCUCAAGUUGCUAACCAAAAGGCCGUGUAUUUGAGAAAAUCUCUAACUAAAAUUGCUAAUAGCGGUGGUUCGAUAAUAGGUAUAAAACCUUUUAAAUUCUUUAAUCUCGGGAGUAUGGCAUAUAUUGGAAAGAAAGAAGCUGUCGUUGAUAUGACACCUGUAAGUAAUAAGGCUAAGGAAAGUGGCACAUUAGCAUGGAUAUUUUGGAGAUCUGCAUACUUUACCAUGACGCCCGAUGUAUUGGCUAUUAACAUGGUUGUUUGGAAGGGAUAUAAGUAG